AUGGCGGCUCCUCCUAGCCUAGGGGCUGUGGGCUUGUUCGCCAUGGACACGUCGACGCCAACGCCGACUUUGUUUGGGAGCGCUGUGGCGGGCGUGGCCUGCGUGGUCCUGAUGGAGUUAGUGGUGCACCACUGUCAACGUGCGAAGGUGGAUGUGAAGUCCGGGCUGUCGAAGUUCCUGCACAUCGCGGAAGACUGGGCUCGUGGGAAAGGCUCGUGUCUCAGUCCUAUGGCCGUCCGCGUCGAGGAGGAGCUGAUUCGCGUGCGCUUGAAGAUCUUGACCUCCUUCUUCCAGCUGCUGGUUCAUGUGAAUCUUGUUCUGUUCUUUGCUGUCACCUGUGACUUAAUCCGUGCACCCUGCCUGCAAUCGGCGACUUGGUGGGUCCUCGGUGGACUUUCGUAUCUGUUGGCUCUUGGCGUCGUCAACAACCUCUGGCCUCUCACACUUUCGCUUCUUCUCCCUUUGCGGCUAUUCUGCUGGGUGGGUCUUUUAAUUCUAGUUGGCAUGAGUGGCUACCAGCAGGACGGCGUCUUGGGGCGGCAGGGCCUCUGCCUGGCAACGAAUGUGGCACAGACAGUCUUAUUCCCUCAUGGUUGGUCUUUUCUGCAUGUGUCCAGGCUUUAG